AUGGAAGCUCUUCUAGGCGUAAAACUUGGCUGCAUGAUUGGCCUUCUGGCAGUCACUCUGGUCUGUGGCCUCGUGCCCAUCUACAUAAAAUGGUUCAAGAUUGAUGCAGCCACAGGUUACCACCGACGGAUCCUCAGCCUCUUGGGCUGCAUUUCUGCUGGGGUGUUUCUGGGAGCAGGAUUUAUGCACAUGACCGCCGAAGCCCUGGAAGGAAUUGAGUCUGAGAUCCAAAAAUUACUAAUGCAGGUAAAUAGGGGAACUUCUGAGCCUCAGUGCAGAGAGGCUAAAAAAGGGCAGAAGCAAAGGAAGAAGGUAGAAGCAAUGGAGCCAAGAAUAUGGGUGGAACAAGAGAGAAGAUUUUGUACUGUGGGAUUAUGA